ACUAAUUCCCCAGCUACGGCAUUCGAAUCUUUUUUGUUCGUAGCAAGAAUUUCCCUGCCCGUCUGGUUGCUACAUCAUGGAUUUCACAAACAAGAGCAUUGGUUUCGUCGGGCUCGGCGUCAUGGGAUAUCCCAUGGUUGAGAACCUGGUCAAGAAGCUCCCGCAGUCGGUAAAUGUGUACGUGUUUGAUGUAGUGACCCAACCGAUGCACAUGUUGUCUUCACAGAGCAACGGCAAAGUCGAAGCUUGUGGAAGCGCAAAGGGUGUAGCAGAAAAAGCUGACAUCAUCUUAACCAUGCUGCCAGAAGGCUCACAUGUGCGCUCGGUAUACCUCACGCCCGACACGGGCAUUCUCUCCGCCAACAUUAACGGCAAGCUGCUCAUUGACUGCUCCACCAUCGACACGGCCACCUCGCUAGCCGUGGCAUCAAGCAUCAGGGAAAAGGACGCGUCCAUCGCAUUCUACGACGCCCCUGUCUCAGGAGGGAAUCUGGGCGCCCAAAACGCCACUCUCACAUUCAUGGUCGGCUGUGCCCCCGAUGACGUCCGUUUCGCGGGCAUCCAGCACCUGCUAGCCAUGAUGGGCACGUCCGUCUUCGCGUGCGGUGGCCAGUCCCUCGGCCUCACGGCGAAGUUGUGCAACAACUACUGCUCCGGUUUGAUUGCCAUCGCGACGGCAGAAGCAAUGAACAUGGGCAUCAAGUCGGGCAUGAGCCCGCGCGUGCUGGCCGACAUCUUCCACACUAGCACGGCGCAGAGCACCAUCUGCGACAAGUGGAACCCUGUGCCGGGCAUCUGCCCGGAGGCGCCGGCGAGCAAGGGCUACGCGGGCGGCUUCAAGGUCCAGCUAAUGCGGAAGGACUUUAUGCUGGCUGUGGACUCGGCGAAGCGCGUCGGCGCGACGCUGACGCUGGGAGAGGCGGGGCUGGAGACGUAUACGGCGGCGAUGAACGACGAGCGCUGCCGCGAUCUCGACUCGCGAGUCGUGUUUAGAUACAUUGGCGGCGAUGAGGACUGGGCUACAGGGAAAGCGUUUGGAGGGAGUGGACAACAGUAGCUGGGUAGGGCGGUAUAUGAAGUCCUGUAUUGCAUAGCUCUAGCAC